GAUUUCGGUCCAUCAAAAUCAACCCUGUCAAGAGUACACGGAGCCUCAAGACAACGGUUUAGACUAAGCGCAAAAGUAGGCCGAGAUUUGUUGCGUUUAUCAGCCACCAGAGGCUUCUGACUAACAGCACGACCCGUGUAUAUACAUUAAAGUCGCUACUGUUUGGCUGCAGGGCUGCAUUAUGUCUCUGUGUGGAUAGUGACAGUGGGGGGGAGCGUGGUGUCGCUUCGGAGAUAAAAAGCUGAACCUGCUACUGUCUUCCUGCCUUUCACAUGUAAGCAGCAGCACAAGGGGUUUUAUAUGUGGACGAGCACCAAUGAUGUCAGGAAAGCAUUACAAUGGACAUGAAGUCAGCUGCUGCAUCAAAUAUUUUAUAUUUGGAUUUAACAUAAUAUUCUGGUUGCUGGGGGUGGCCUUCCUGGGGAUUGGACUAUGGGCAUGGAGUGAGAAGGGCGUGCUCUCAAACAUUUCCUCCAUCACUGAUCUGGGUGGGUUUGACCCUGUCUGGCUGUUUCUGGUGGUGGGUGGUGUGAUGUUUAUCCUGGGUUUUGCUGGUUGCAUCGGAGCUCUGAGAGAGAACACCGUCCUCCUCAAAUUUUUUUCUGUGUUCCUGGGGAUUAUAUUCUUCCUGGAACUGACAGCUGGGGUCCUUGCCUUUGUCUUUAAGGACUGGAUCAAAGACCAGCUCAACUUCUUCAUUAAUAACAACAUCAGAGCCUAUAGAGAUGAUAUUGACCUACAAAAUCUUAUCGACUUCACUCAGGAAUAUUGGGAGUGUUGUGGGGCGUUUGGAGCUGAUGAUUGGAAUCUCAACAUCUACUUCAACUGCACAGACACCAACCCCAGCCGAGAGAAGUGUGGCGUUCCCUUCUCCUGCUGCACCAAGGACCCAGCGGAGGAUGUCAUCAACACACAAUGUGGAUACGAUGUCAGGGCUAAAUCGGAGGCCGAGCAAAAGACCUACAUAUAUGUGAAAGGCUGCGUGCCUCAAUUUGAGAAGUGGUUACAGGACAACCUGACAGUAGUAGCAGGCAUCUUUAUAGGAAUUGCACUGUUACAGAUUUUUGGAAUAUGCCUGGCCCAGAAUCUAGUGAGUGAUAUUGAAGCUGUGCAGGCGAGCUGUUUGUUCACCUGAAGAUAAUGUUCCUUCAGACAUUCCCAGGACUUGAGUAAUGGCGCCAGCAGCAGAACUCGACAUGCCAAGUUCAUCAGGUCGUGUGUGUCUGUGUGUGUACAGAUGUGAUCUGCACCAUUAUAUUUUAUUGUGUGAAUACAGAUCUUUCUAGAGUAUUUCACAUGCCAGACACCUGUGUAUGAAAUGUAAAAAAUGUGUGUGUGUGUGUCUUGGGAUGUUUGACUGUUAGAAUGCACUACAUUUCUUACGCUAUGUUCCAUAAUUUUUUUUAUUUUCCAGUUAACACUGUUUCAUAAAGACACACAUACAGCUAUUAUUAUACUGAUGAAAAUAUUUUGGUCCAGUUUGUGGACAGUGACUUCUUAUUUCUUUUUCAACACCUUUUAACACAUUUAAAUUUUGAUAACCGCUUGGUUGUGUCCUAACAUCUCAAAAGAUAUGUACCUGUUCUUUAUCAAGUGAAAUUCCAUAAUCUUUAGUGAACAACCUCUGACACCAGCAGAAUGUCCCAUGAAAGCAUUGUCAAGUGAUUUAUAAUCUAAUCUAAAAGGUCAGAGGUCAAGGUUAUGGCUAAGCUGUAAUAUGUUAGUAGCAGAGAAUGGCUCUGAAGGAUUCUUAACAAUUUAGAUUAAAAACUGAAUUCAACACACUUCAGUAAGUAUUCAGAAAGUAUUCACUUUCUAUAAAAGCCAAGUAUUUUUAGAGUGAUUUCAUAAGUGGUUUUCCAUGGGGGAAAAAUAAUACAGUUUAUUUAAACAGCCAAAUAGAAUGAAUGAAGAAAAGUCAGAUAAUGGAAAAAAAUCUGUACUGUUAACUGUAAGGAUGUAAAAUGUAUAAGGGAAUGUUUCUCUAACGCAGGCUUACUGUACUCAGAUGAACUAAUGUUUGAGGACAGAAUAUGUGAUAAACUCUUGAUUCUGUGCUGUACUUACCCAUUUUAUCAAAUAAACAAAUCCUUUUUCACCUGCA